AUGGCGUCAUCCCAGAUACGCCAAUUUGCUACUAUAAUAGAUCAAUUACCAUGUGAAGCUGAUGAUUUUAAGUUGAUGGAUAAUUUUGAGGAUUAUAAUAAUCGUCUUGAAAGUUCUAUACGUAAUAAUAAAGGGAAAAAGACAGAUACUUUUUUCCAUUUUAAACCUAAUUUAAGUGAUUACACAAAAAACAUAUCCAAUAGUUCUACAAAUAUUAACUGUGGAAACACAAACACUAUGAUGAAAAAGUCUAGUUCUUCUAAUGAAAACGGAAGUUCAAACAUCGAAAAUAUUAUUAAUUUGCAAAAUAAAACUAUUGAUGAGGAAAAUUCAAUAAAAUUCAAUGGAAGCAAUAUGAAAGAAAGUGAGACAAAUUCGUUCACACAUAAUGAUCCAGGAGAACAUAUCCAUAAACAAAACUUAUUUGAUGAAAAGGAUGUAAGUAAAAACAUCAUGGAUAGCUUCAAUCAUAAUAACACAUUGUUUGUCUAUGAUAAUGAUUUGACAAAAGAUGAACGUAGUAACUAUAUUGAAACAUUGAAUAGCGAAAUCGAUGAAAAUCAUUACAAGUACGAGACAAAUGAAGGAAAGGCAUUAUGUAAAAAAAACAUUAUUGAAUUAAUACAUUGCAAUAAUGAAUGUUUAUCAGACAUGAAAUUUUCAACAAAAAUGAAUAGCUGUAGCCUUAAUAAUAAAGAUAAUAAUAAUAGUAGCAAUAACAUUAACAGCAUUAGUAGUAAUAAUAAUUACGAUGUUAUUAGAAAUAAUGCAGAUGUGUCAAUGUACAAUUUUAGCACCUCAUUUAAUGACAAAUCAUGUGAAGAUAAUAACGAGAAUAUCGUUUAUAGGUAUAAUGUAAACACACUUCCCUCGAAGCAUGAAAAUUAUAUCAACAAAAAAAAAGGUGGCAAUUUUAAAAAAGAUUCUCUUCCAAACAAGGACAAAGAAAAUGAAAUAAAUCAGUUAAUACACAACUCGAAAAACCUUCCUAUCCCAGCAGGAGAAAGAAAAAUGGAAAAUACACAAAACCAUAUCCAAUUCACUGAAGAAAAAAGUGAGAAUAGUGAAAAAAACGAUGGAAGAAUAAACGAAUGUACUAAUAUUAACAACAUACAAAGUCCUGAAGAGAAUAACAACAAAAGUAAUGGGAGCAAAGAUGUAAAUGUGCAAAAUUCCACUAGUGAAAAUUCAACGGAAAUUGAGUAUAAAGAUUUUUGUGAUAUGCUAAAAAAAAGUGAUGAAUUUAAUAAAAAUAUAUUAUUUUCCAAAAAAGCAAAAGUAAUUAAAUUGGAUGCAAAUAAAUCAUUAAUUAUUUUUCCAGUGAAUAUUCAUGAAUACGGAGAUAAAUACAUUGCUAUAAACCAAAAGGACCUUUUAGAAUAUAUAUCAUCAUCGAUAGAAAUGGAUAAUGAAGAUUUGUCAUCAUUAAAAAUAAAAAAUUAUCAAAAGGAAAAGGAGUUACAAAAUAUAAAAGUAGCUUACAGUAUGCAAACAACGAACAUUCAUUACCUUAUUAACAGGGUCAUAUUUAAAGAAUGCGAAUAUGAAAAUUUAAAAAAUAAAAGUUUAACACUAGAACAAGAGAUAAAUAAAUUAAUUCAAGAAAUUAAUUCCUUAAUAAAUCAAAACAAGGAAGGAUUAUAUAUGCAAAAAGCUUUUAUAGAUUAUAAAUGUAAAUGUGUGUUGAAACUGCAAGAAUUACAACCACAUUUAGGGGAUUAUUAUUAUGAUAUAUUUAAUUAUAUAACUUCAUGUAGAACUUUAGGGCAAUUAAGUAUCUGGAUUCCUGCUUUUGAAACAAAAACUGAAUCUUUGGAAAGCAUUGCAAAUAAUUUAAUUAAAAUUAUGCUGAAUGGAUUAGGUGCACCUUUUAAUUCAUCUCCUCAAUAUUUUUUAUCGAACAAAAAAUUAAUGAACAAAUCCAUAUCCAUAGAAUCUGAAGAAGAUACAUUUAUUAACAACCUAGCCAAAAGAAAAAUUAUCGAUAAUUACUUAGUAAAUAGUUUAAAUAGUUUUAACACUACAAAGGAAAAUAAUUCUCAUUUUUCAAAUUGUCAUUCGUUUUCUUUGAAUAGUGAAGAAUCCUCCUCCUUUUUAGGAACAGAAGAAUUAUUUUUUAAUUCGUCCAAAUUCCCCUCUAUGCAUUCGGUGGCCACCAAAAAUAACAACGACAAUAAUAAUGCUAACAGCAAGGAUAACAGUAAUGGUAAUAACAGCAGUUUAAACAAUGGCAAAGAAAGUGGAAUCAACUACGGCAAAGACAGUAAUAGUAAUGCUAAGAAAAAAAAAAGCAAAAAAACAAACAUUCUCAACAAUUUGAACCGAUCCAGCACGACAGAGAAAUCCUGUAUUGACAACGAAUUACACAACAAUAAUGAUGUUAAUAAUAUCAGAAAUAUACAAGAAUUUUCGGUAACGAAUGUGCAGGAACAGAAGCAUAAAUUAAAUGCUGAGUUUACCUCAAAAGAAAUUCUUACUGUUAAGAGGAAACAGACGAUGAUAAAUAAUGAAGAAAAGGAUAUUAAAAAGAUGAAACUUAUGGAUAAGACGACAAUGAACAAAAUUGAUUUGAAUCAUGAGAAUCUGAAAGUAAGAAAGAGUGAAGACAAUGAAGUGAAAAUACCAACUUGCCCAGGGGACGAAAUAUUCAUCAUGGAAAAAUCUUAUGGAAAAAAUAACCCCUCUAUGGGACACAAAAUAGAGGCAAAUAUUUACGACAAAACUAGAGACAACAUAGAGGAUCAGGAAAAUAAAAAUGAAUGGUGCCAAAAGACACAUAUGCAGGAAUGUAAUUCAUAUAAUGAAGAAAUGGAAAAUGAGAAUAUUAUUAAUGCAUAUAACAGUAUUAUCGAAAAAAAAGGAGUAAUAACGAAUAUACAAAACGAAAAUUUGAAUAAUGAAAACAUUGCAUGUGAUGAUAUAAUUGAAGAUGUACAAGUGAAUAUUCCUAAUAUGAAAGAGAAAGGAAAAUGUGAAAAAAGAAAUAAUGUAGAGGAAGAAUCCGAUGAAGGGGAAACUGUGAAAGGUGAAUGA